UCAAUUCUUUGUGCCGUACUUUUCCACACAAACUCCCCCCCCAAACAAAUCCAUCAUUCUUUCUUUCUUUCAAUUAUAAUAAUAAUUUAAUUAAUCUUUCACUAGGAAAUAUGAGUAAUGAAGAAGAGAAGAGAUGUCCUUUGUGUGCCGAAGAGAUGGAUUGGACUGAUUUACAGCUAAAGCCCUGCAAAUGUGGUUACGAGGUGUGUGUUUGGUGUUGGCAUCACAUAAUGGACAUGGCAGAGAAGGAGGCUACAGAGGGGCGGUGUCCUGCCUGUCGCACACCUUAUGAUAAGGAUAGAAUUGUUGGGUUGGAAUCAAAUUUUCAAAGGAUUGCUGCCAAUAGUUCUUGCCGAAAACAAAAGCAGCCAAAGGCAAAGCAAAAACCAAAUGAAGGAAAGAGGGACCUUAGCAAUAUUCGAGUGAUUCAGCGAAGAAUGGCCUAUAUCAUUGGGCUGCCUCUUAGUCUAGCUGAUGAAGAUUUAUUGCGGAAAAAAGAUUAUUUUGGCCAAUAUGGAAAAGUUACCAAGGUUGCUCUCUCUCGAACCGCUGGUGGGACUGUUCAACAGUUUGUCAAUGAUACUUGUAGUGUAUAUAUUACAUACUCUAAAGAGGAAGAAGCAGUGAGGUGUAUACAAUCUGUGCAUGGCUAUGUGCUGGAUGGUAGGUUUUUAAGAGCAUCAUUUGGAACAGCAAAAUAUUGCCAUGCAUGGUUACGGAAUAUGCCCUGCAACAAUAUUGGUUGUUUAUAUUUGCAUAGUAUUGGUGCCGUAGAAGAUAGUUUUGGCAAAGAUGAAAUAGCUGCAGUUCAUACUAGGAAUAGAGUUCAGGAAAUUGUUGGCUCCACCCAGUAUCUGCAUAAACGCUCUGGAAGUAUGUUGCCUCCACCGGUAGAUGAACGCGUGAAUAACUGCAGUGCUUUGGCUGAGGAACCUGUUAUUAGCAAUGGUUUAAAAGAUGCAGCCUAUGCUGCAGCUGUUUCUGGUCAUCACAAAGACGGGGUAGUUAGAUCAUCUAAACAUAUGACAAGUUUUGUAGAUAUUGUUGGAAGGCCGUGUCAUUCAGGUUCAGAUAAAGAUGUGAGCUCGGUAGAAGGACAGAUACUAAACUUAUGUUCUGAUAUGUCUUCUGUAUGUAUGGAUAGGAAUAAUCAUGAUAAAGCUGAAGGUUCAGAUUUAGGGUCGUCGAAACCAUCAAGUCCUGAACAAUCUGUCAAUGGAAUGCUCAGUAGCAAACUAUAUAGUGAGCCCUUUAGGGAAGCUAAUAAUCUAGCUGAUCUAGCACCUAAGGACACUAACAUAACAGAAGCAGAAUCUGAUUUGGCAUUAGAUUCACGAGCAUCAAUAAAUCCGUUUUAUCCAGCUGAAGUUGUUAAGAAUUAUAAUGACCAUGCCCGGUGGCGGAUGGAUUCUUGUACUCGGAAUAAUGUAAAUAGUGAUUCAGAUAAAUGCUUUGAUCAGUCUAAAUGUACAAAUUCUGUAUUAAGUGAUGGAUACAAUGAAAAAGGAUUUCUAAAUUUGUCUACGUCAGAUAGGGUAUAUAGAGGCUCUAAAUCGUUUUCUAAUGAAGAAAUAGUAGAGCACUUGAGACGGCUUGAUAAUGACAGUCCUGUGAAUGAUGACGAAAAUUCUGCUGCUGUGGAAAGCAGUAUAAUAUCAAAUAUAUUGUCCAUGGAUUUUGAUGAGGGUGAUGAUUCAGUCUUGCCUCAAACGGUAGCUGGAUUGUUUGAUGGGAAAGAUGAGCAACAUGGUUCUUCAUGGAACUUCCAAAAUAGUGAUCAAUCAAGAUUUUUGUUUGCAAAUGAACAGGGUCAUGUUAAUCAAGAGUUGGGGUUUUCUGUUCUUCAAGAUUCUAGGGAGAACCGGGACAGUAUAUAUAAGCCACAGUAUCAGGCAUCCAAAGCUCAGAACGUGACACCUCCAGGAUUCACUAACCCUCCUCCCGGGUUUUCCUCAAGCAUGAAAACUGAGCAAGUUGUUUCUGCGAGUUCUGGAAGUUAUAUGAUGAAUUCUUUGUCAAACAAUCAGUAUGGUAUGCCAUCAAUAGGGAAUCAUCACAACAAUAGCAAUGAUCUUAUCGAUCCUGCUAUAAUGGUUGUUGGAAGAGGCAAAUCAUUGUCUUUUGACAUGCAGUCGAGCACAUUCAAAGAUGAGACAAAACUCUGGCUCUUGAUGCAACAACAAUCUGCAUCUGCCACACAGCAUCAUCAUAAUGAGCCUAAAUUUUCCCAAACCUCCUUUAUGCAACAACACCACACACCCCAGUCUCCUUAUUCACGGAAUGGUUAUUAUGGCGAAUUCACUUCCAGGCUUGUGGAUCAACACCAACAGAGCUACACCCAACAACAAUACUCACAACCUAAGUUUGCAAAUGGUCAUAUCUCAAAUGGGUAUCAGCAGCUGCAUCCGGAUGGGGCUCAACAAUACAGUAGAAGUGAUGUGGGCUUGCCAGAACAAAUUCAGAAGAAUGAGAGAUUAGGGUUGUAUGGUGACUAUUUGUUCCAGAUGCCAAGUUCUGGUGAUGUAUACACUCGGGUACUUGGAAUGUAAAUUACUCACCUUCUUAAGUUAUCUGGUUUGGUGAUAUGAAAUGGAAAGAACUUCUAGGUUUUUUGUCA